AGUAUUAAACGAACUCUUUAAGGGUAGUCAGUGCCGGACGGCUUGUUGGUUGUUCACCCACGAGGUAUUUGGCAGGUCUUUAAUCGAAAAGAUCGUCGGUAUCAUUCAAGUUUUUUUGGACGUAUCUCAGCUUUGAGAACCUUAUGAUUAUUAUGACCCGGUUGGUAGUGAUUGUUUUGUUUGGAAUUUGUUUUUUUGAUGAAGUUUUCACUCCAGCUAGGGCAUCAUCCAACGCUAAUAAUGGAGAUAGAAAUGAAAGAGGAGAUGCCGUAGGUAAAACUGUGAUUACUGAAGAGCCGGAGUUCACAGACGUUAUCGAGAAUAUCACCGUCGCUGCAGGCAGAAAUGUGAGAUUUGCGUGUUCUGUCAAAAAUUUAGGAACAUAUAAGGUGGCCUGGAUGCAUUUCGAACAAUCGGCCAUUUUGACAGUACAUAAUCACGUGAUAACUAGGAACCCCCGUAUAAGUGUCACUCAUGACAAACACCGAACAUGGUUUUUGCAUAUUAAUAACGUUCAAGAAGAAGAUAAAGGACGGUAUAUGUGUCAAAUAAAUACUGUCACAGCCAAAACACAAUUUGGAUUCCUACAUGUAGUCGUGCCUCCAAACAUAGAUGACUCUUUAAGCAGCGGUGAUGCUAUAGUGAGGGAGGGCGCCAACGAGACGUUAACUUGUAAAGCUACCGGAUUUCCUACACCUAGCGUUAAAUGGAAGAGGGACGAUAAUUCCAAAAUUACCAUAAAUAAAACACUUCAAGUUAACGAAUGGGAAAGCGAGAAACUGGAACUAACGAAAAUAUCCAGACUAGACAUGGGUGCUUAUUUAUGCAUAGCCAGUAAUGGUGUGCCUCCAACUGUCAGUAAAAGGAUAAAAGUCAGCGUAGACUUUCCGCCAAUGUUGUGGAUCCCACAUCAACUAGUGGGAGCCCCAUUAAACUAUGCCGUGACUCUGGAAUGUUUUACUGAAGCUAAUCCCACUUCUUUAAACUACUGGACUCGUGAAGAUGGCGAAAUGAUACACGAUUCCAGAAAAUAUCGUACAGAAAACACCGUUGGCAAUCCUUCGUAUAAAACGCACAUGAAACUCACUAUAAACGCCAUCCAACAAAGUGACUACGGGACCUAUAAAUGCGUUGCUCGAAAUCCCCGAGGAGAGACUGACGGAGCUAUUAGACUGUACACUUCUUCGCCACCAACAUCUUCACCGAAACCCAAAACAACUGAACCUUCAACCAAAUUGAAGGACUUGUGGAGCAAAGGAAAUCUGAACAAUUCUGUUUAUGGAAACCCCCCCUUCCAGUCUGUUCACCAUGUUGCUGAUAAAGGUUCAAAAUAUCAAUCAAAUUUAAAUGAAAUCGACAAAUCUGAACAGAAAUCAAGUGGUGAUUCGGACACUAAGGGGCAUAUGUAUGAAAAUUCUCCAGAGAAUAUAGGAGAAUCCGUCAAGUGUUCUCUCCCAGUGCUGCUGUCAUCUUUCGUCUUGUCAGUUUUGAUGUUAAUGGUAACACGGUGAAUGUGAUACUAUAACAUUUACUAAUUACUUCCAAAAUGUGAGUUUACUUAAUCGAUGAAUGCUUCUACCUGAACGAAUCCAUGUACAUUCGGUAGUUAACUAUUUAACAAAGACUGAAACUGGUUAGCUUUAUGAGUAACUGAGAAAUGUGGUAUAAAUUGAUGUUAAAUAAUAUAAUACAUAUUUAUUGUUUGUUUUCGUGUAUGGAGUACCUUUGUAUACCAAUUAUUAGCUACCAAAUUUCACUGAAUCGGGUUUAAUGAUAUAAUUUUAAAACUAAAUUGAAACCUAAAUGUCAAAAUGUAAUCUAUUACAUAUUCCAUGUAAUUGUUAUGAAAUUUUUAUUCAAGGCAAUAUAACAUGAAAAAUUGUAAAAAUGCUAUUCUCAUAAACUAUUUGGUUGCGUUGAAUCCGUUACACCUAGUUUACCAAAAAAUCCAUAAUUUAAUAAUAAAACAUUUGACAUCCUGACACACUACACUAACAUGUAUUAAAAUGAACCUAUGAAAUAUUCACGAACAUUUUACGUUACAGCUAGUGAAGUGGUUAUUUUUUGUGUUUAAUCUAUAACCAAUUUGACAUAAAUUAAUGGUACAAGCUUCAACCUGAACGAGGAUUAAGUAUGGGGUGAUUGACACGGCGAAAAGCCGAACUGCUUUUCUUGCGUACCGUGUCAUCUUGCAAUAUGUGCGGAUACGUUUCGGGUAAUUUCGUUCUAGACAGAGUCAAAAUCUCAAGCGAAAAGAAAGAACGAAUAAGAACAAAAUGCAUAGUCAUUGUGAUAAAUGGCUUUUGCCUGAAAUCACGACAUACCUCGCAUAUCAAUAAUAAUUAUAAGAUAUUAAUUCGUCAACUGAAUAUCGUAUAUGUUAACUGAAAUUAUCAAUAUGUUACGAGAUGUGAUCGAAAAUAUGGUUUAUUUUAUUAAAAGCUCGAUGAAAAGAUAACAUAAUGGUUUGCAUUACACUUAUACACACGUUGAUUACAUGACUGGAUUUAUUUUUGAAAGACUUUUUUUGGAAUAGCUUGUAUCUUCUGUUUUGUGACCUUCUCAAGAUGAGGAAAGGAGUCGAUACGUUUCCCUUUAAUCACUAGAAGCGUCAAAAGCUGCAAAGUGAAGCGGUUAUGGGCAGUCAAUCGAUAGCGACUUGGGGUAUGGCACGUUGUUAUGAUAAAAAUGAAAGCCAUUAGUCUAUUUGGCACGACUCUUCAUUAUCACAUAGUUUCGUAAACAUUCUAAAUGCUCCUUAAAGAAUUCUAUGUUCACAGUUAUUCCCCCUGGAAGGAAUCGCUACCAUGUUGUUGAUGCUCACUUUUUAUUGACGCUUGUUUUUAGUGCAAGCUGAGUUCCUAGUGUUCUAUUGAGAGUUCUAAAUUUGUGUCUUAGGCUCAUAUACACAAACUCAAAUUUUCAUUUCCAAACAUUCAAUGAAUAUGGAAUCACGAUUUUUUUGUUUAUUGGUAAAAAUUCUUUGUGAAAAUUAUAUAGAAAUUCGUAUUAUUUGCAAGUCAUUUUGAUGGUAUGGAAUAUACUUACUCACUUACUUAUUUAUUCAAAACCUCCACCAUAGGUGUAGAGGAAAUAUUUCGUCUCCAUUUGAUUCUAUCUUUUACUUCCUGUAGUCAGUCUUCAGUUCAGUCGUCCUUUUUUUCCAGGUUGUUUGUUAUUUCCGUAUUCUGUUUUCUCCCGGGUCUGCCUCUUCUCAUCUUUUUGUUCAUUUGUUUCCCAUAUCACCUUAACUGUUCUGACCUUCAGCUGUUGUUGUUCGAUUUUUUGCACUGCAAUUAAUACGUUAAUGCUUUUCUUAUUCCAUUCUUCCUGAUUUUAUCUAAUUUCCUUACCCCCUUUAUUUCACAAGUUAUUUUCUGCUUCAAUCUGUUGGUUAGUGCCCAAGAUUCUCAGCGGGUUCCAAGUUGUCACUGCUCAUCUCAUAACAUUAGGGUAUGAGACAUACUAGUUGAAACAGAAGUAGUUUAUAUAGAUACUACCAUAGAAUUACCGUAUUUUUAACACACCUCGUUACAUGCUUUAUUGCAAAUUUUCACCUGAUUCAAUGUCAAUAUAGAAACUAUUCAUAUUGUGCUAGACAAAAAGGUGAAUAUUGAUAUGUUCUCGAUAAAUUAUUAGUUGUUCAUUUUUGAAACGUUUUUCUUGGGUAUUUGGCUAAGGUAAGUUCGAUUCAAUCAAAGUUAAGAGAACUGUUCUUUUCAUUAACAAAUGCUACCGAAAUGUAUAGCACCCAAGAAAAAUACAUUAUCGAUAUUUAAAACUAUGAACGCAGCUCUCCUCACAUUUAUUUUUGUCUUCCAUUGUUAUUAAGUUAUUUGUUAACAAAAUUAAUAACUUAUUACUGUUUAGAAAUGUACAAGGUGUUUUUUCAAGUUAAACCGAUUCUAAAAUCUAAUAUAAUAAUACAAUUUACCGUUUUUCUAAAAAAAAUAUUUUACUAUUUUACUUAUAUUUACUAAUCAAUAAAGUGAAGUAAAUCAGUUUUCCAAAAUCCGGUAUUUUGGUAAAAAGCAGAACCGCACACUAUCUUAUUGAUUUGAGCAACCAAUUUCAGUCGAUAAGAGAUAUAAAAGAGAAUUCGAUUCUCUAGCAUUUGUUCAGAAAACUUUUUGAUCAAUAGUGUAUUGGGAGCAUUAGAAUAAAAUAUAAAUACAGAUUAAAUUAAUUUACAAUAAUACCAGUAGUAUCUUUGAUUUCGUAAACAAUCCUACGAAUUUAUUCGUCUAUCGUAUCAUUAUUUUUGUAUAAAUUCUGUCAUGUGAUUAGUUUGCUUCUGGAUAUUAAUUAGCACUUAGUAUUCACGAAUCCUAGUGUUCUUGACAAUACGGCUCUAGAAUUUCAGUCCAGAAUCAGAUUAUGGUAACGCAUCGUCCAGAAAAGAAACACGAGCAGAAGUCGGGAAUUACUCUCAAAAUUAUAUACGAGAUAUGUACAAGGUAAAUAAUAUUUUAAAUGUAAAUGUAAUUUCAUUUUUCAAAUGAAGGAUCCUUUAUAUUUUUGCGGUGUGUGUGUGUGUGUGUGUGUGUGUGUGUGUGUGUGUGUGUGUGUGUGUGUGUGUGUAUUUCUGGGUGUGGUUGUUAUGGGGAAAAGGCAACAAAAUACCAAAGUAUUCCUCCUUUAAUUGAAACUUUUAAAAAAAGGGAAAAUCUUAAAAAAGAGAAAAA